ACACGCGCAUGCGCAGGGUCUCCUGGCUAAACGCUAAUGCUAGCUCACACUGGUUUGCAGCGGCCCUAGAUAGCAACAAAAUAAACUAACAAAUAACCUUAAUUCCGAAUUUCAUUAAUGCGAACUUUUACUUUACACCAUACUGCGCCACGGAGGUCAGUUAAACGUGCUUUAGUAUUGAAUGUUUGAUUAUAAAGUGAAAGAGGGUAGAUUAUUUUGGCGCUCGGGCGGACCUGUGCUAGUUUAGCUAAUGAUUCUUUUUUUUCCCAGAAAGUUAUCAUAUAAACGGGGGAUAAUAUGUGGAAUAUUAAGCGUUGAAAAAAAAAUACCCAUCCUGACUGAUUAAAAACUUACCAAUUGCUUCAGACGCAGCUAUCACAUCUGUAAACCCUUUUACAUGUAGAGAAUGACUUGUUUGCUUUGGCUUGGGAAUGAACCAGGAACCCUGGUGGCUGGAUCUGGGUAUCAAAUGGUCUGAAGAAGCCAUGGGAAGCUGUUUUAGCUGUCCGGAUAAAGAAUCAAUCCCUGACAAUCAUCAGAGUAAAUUUAAGGUGGUGAAUGUGGAUGAUGACGGAAAUGAGCUGGGAGCAGGUAUCAUGGAGCUGACGGAGGACGAGCUGGUCCUGCGCACACGCAAAUGUGAUGCUGUCAAGUGGCCUUACCUGUGCUUGCGCCGUUAUGGCUAUGAUUCAAAUCUCUUCUCAUUUGAGAGUGGCCGUCGCUGCCAGACAGGUCAAGGGAUAUUUGCCUUCAAGUGUUCACGUGCUGAGGAGAUCUUCAACAUGCUGCAGGACAUCAUGCAUAAUAACAGCAUCAGCGUAGUAGAGGAGCCGGUGUUUGAGCCCACCCUCGCACAAACUGAACCAGAGCUUCCCCUCACACCUCACACACCAACCACUCCUGGAAACAUCCUCCCUACCUUACCAAAUGGCAGCUUAAGGUAUCCCUCAUUAGGGGAUGCGUCCUCUCACCCCUCUAGUCGGCAUCCGUCAGUCGGGAGCACGUGCCUCCCAUCACUGGGCGAGGAGUCCACGCACCCGCUCCUAGUUGCGGAAGAGGCUGUGAGGGGGCACACAUAUGUGAACACUACAGGUCUGCUGGAGCAGCACAGCCCAAGUUUUUUAGAAGUUCCUGCAGAAUUGAAUGUCUCUUUAUCUGAUGGAGAGGAAGCCGUUCCUCAAGAGGCCCCUGAUCCUGGCCCUCGAGUGCAGCUGGAGCCUGAAGGUGCUCGCUUUGUGUUGGACCCAACUCCAGUGCAGAGACAGAGGCAGAGAGAGGCCAGUGUGUCAGGAGAGCAGUGUGUCAGGAGCAGCUCGGCCCAGAACUCAAAUGGGAGUGUGGUGUCCCACACGAGCAGCGCAGAUGCGAGCGACAGCGCUAGAUCCGAGGAAACCUCUCCCGGCGCUCCGGAGAACUUCACUGUCUCUCGCCGCCGCAGUCCUCUCACUCCCGACACCAACGUCAACAACUCGGCCCAGCGGAGGACGGCCCUGCUGGACUAUGAGAACCUCCCCGCCCUGCCGCCUCUGAGGGAGCACCCCAAGGGCAGCUCUGAAGAUGAGUACAGGGAAGAGGCUGUAAACGGUUUCCACUACCAUCGGCAGCACAGCCCCGACCCCACUCACUACUACAUCAACACCGAGAACGUGACCGCCCCCCUCAGCGCUAACAAGCUGGAGUCGGCCCGCUGGCGGGAUCGCUCCGCGCCGACCUUCUUCAACUUUGACUUCCGCCGCCCCUGUUUGGAGUCUCACAGAUUGAACUACAUCGAGGUGGAGACUGAGACCGAGAACUCCAGCAACCCUCAGACCCCAAAGACGCCCACUUCACCGCUUCCCCAGACGCCCACACGCAGGACAGAGCUGUACGCAGUCAUCGACGUGGAGCGCACAGCUGCCAUGUCCAGCCUACAGAAAGCACUGCCCCGUUACGACGGUACCUCCAGGAAAACCCGCCAUAACAGUGUUGAUCUGCCCAUGUGAACACUCCUCAAACUUCACCAGGUCAUUCCAAAGCAGGUGGACUUGGUAUUAGGGUUGCAAAGGGUGGUACAUUUCCAGAAACUUUCUAAAAAUCUAUGGAAGAUUCCAAAAAAAAUCCUAUAAAGUUUUCAGAAUUUCUGGAAUGUUUCCAAAGUGUGCUGGAAAAUUUCCACCUUUUUGCAACCCUACAUGAUAUUAGGGCUGGGAAAGUAAAUCAAUGUAUUGUGAAUCGAGAAAUCGAUUCUGCACUGAUUCUGAGAUUUUCCCAAUGCAUCGCGAUUCUUUGAGUAAAUUCUGAGAUUGGCCUUGAACAGCAGAUGCUUUAGAAACAGCCGUACUCUGCUCUUUUCUAAAUCCAAACACCUAAAAAAAUAAUUGAUAAAUUUGAGAAGGUUGAAGCGAAUUACAAUGCUGUUCUCAGUGGGCUUUUUACAUGAAUCUCUCUUCAUAAAAGCAUUCUGAGCCGAGGUGAAAUUGCAUGGCUCAGCCGAACGCACAAUUGCUCUUCAGCACUCC